CAAAUUGGGUCUCGGUAAGCUGCACGUCUCCUCUAGCCACCACAAGAAGCGAUUAGCGGUUGAGUCCCGCCACCACGGUCGACCCGAUGACUCACAUAUGUUCGUGAUCAAGCUGCCACCGAAUCCCUACUACUACACCAACAAUGGACCGGUUCCGGCGCCGAACGCGAUCGAGGAUGUAGGCAAAAAGGUCCCAGUGGGAUUCAAGUCAAACGGAAAGCCCGGUCGCAUCUAUCAUUGGAAUAUCCCCGUACUGAAGAAAAUCCUCGGAAACAAUCAAGGACGAAACCCUAAUUCGCGCCAUCAUGACAACAUUGACGAGCUGAUCGACAUUAAGGAUAUUCCAACGUGGAGUAAACCAUGGGAGAAUGAAGCGUUGGAUAAAUCGUUAAUCAAAUUCAGCGCUGCAGACCAUGCGGAGAAACUUCAGAAGAAGAAAUCUCCGACGUAUUACGCACCUAUCAAGGCCAAAAAAAGUGCUCAUGGAAAGAUCUAUGCAAGCAAUGGCAAACCACAGAGCUUCUACGUGAUUGAGAAGAGCCUCCAAAAAAAUCUGAAACCCAUUCAACAUCACAAACUGAUUCCGUAAGAGGAAUUACACCGAUAACGAUCUUCUUGCCAGUUUGUCGAGUAGUAGAGGAUGGAGAAUAGGUAGUAAAUAAGGGAGGUUAAAUCGUGUAACUUGAAGCUCACUGCGAGCAUAUAAAACAACGUACACACACAUUGAGCUUUAUGAAUAAUACAAGAGAGCUUUUCUAUAGAAGAAAAGGCGUUACGAGGUCUUUGGUUGGUGUCUUUGGUGAUCGUUCAUCGAGUCGUUCGUGAGAUUGAUCGAUUUCGAUGGAAUAGUUGCAAAGACAGCAACCGAAAUGGUCAUUUUUCGGAUCAUAUUUAUUUUUAUCUCAGCUAAAUCUGGGUAUUAACGAACGAAAUAAAUGCGCACAUUUUUAAUAUUAAUAACAAAUAAUUUUAAGAUUAUAUAUAGAUAGCUAGGCGUAGAUCUUUAAUCGAAAGCAAUUGAAAGACUAAAAUUUUUAUGGUAGUAUUUAAGGGAAAUGUAAAAUACAUACAAAAUAUUGACGAUAACGAUAAGAAUUAUCAUCGCUUCUACGGAACUUAACAAGAUUUUGGACUUCCAUUUCUCUAAUGUUUAGAUACUGCAAGACCGGUUCCAAGUGCAUCAUUCCAAUUCAGUGAUAAAUUUUGUAAAAAUAUAUCUCGUAACAAAACGUCUUUACACGUUUCAUAAUAAAUACAUUUUUAAAAUA